AUGCGCGUGAAAGUAAAAGCACUGAUGAUCCAGAGAGUCAUCAUAACGUAUGAGGGGGAGGUAAUCCCUAAAAGUAUUAAAAUGGUCAAGGGCAUGGAGCACAAUGCAAAAUUUUCAUUGUACACUUAUUAUCCAAAGGAUAGGAAGAAAGCCAUGGCGCCCGUCACGGUACCAGCACCGAGAGGGCUUAACGCCCUAGCACAAGCUGCAGCACCAACCCCAGCACCAGCUUCAGCACCGAUUCCAGUACCAGUUACAGCAACGACUCCAGCUCCAGCUCAGCCCUCACUACAGCAGCCUCAACCUGCAGUGGGCCUUGGAAAUGAUCAGAGACAAACGAGCGCAUCACCUGCACAAAGAUCCUGA